AUGUUGAGACGGGUAGCAGAAGGCCAACGAUCAUCACCAGGAGAAGUGGUGAUUACGAAGGCGUUUCUGAUUGAAACUCAGAGCGUGUUUUCGGAUAAUUCUUCCCCGAUUGCGGGCAUGAUUGUUCAGGUUCAGAUUGAUCCUAACAAACUUGGCAUCAAGUUGGCUGGUGUGGAAGCAUCAAGUCUCAAGGACUGUAAUGAGAGCCAUGGACCGUCGAAGAACAUGAACUUGGUGGAGAGCGUCUUUUCUUCACGGUGUAGCUCGAGGGUAACCCUGUGCCCAUUUCGUCUACUGGAGUCCCGAUGGAUGGCUGUCGUGAUGCUGGAGUCCCGAUGGAUGGCUGUCGUGAUGCUGGAGUCCCGAUGGAUGGUUGUUGUGAUGCUGGAGUCAGGCAAACGAUGA